UGAAAUCUCGCAUGAGGUGACUUGUUGCUGGAAGACUACAAUGGAAACGUGAGUAAAGGAUAACAAAAAAAAAACAAUGGUUCGUGUUUGUGCAUUUCCAAAUUGUGUCAACAAAAUGUCGAAGAACACUCCACGCAGCUUUCAUAGACUACCUUUGUUGGAUAGGGACACACUGAAGUUGUGGCUUGUUGUGAUACAAAUGGAUCCCAGCACUCCUCUUCAUACCCUGCGCCUUGCAGACCAUCGGGUCUGCAGUGACCAUUUUGACCGGGAUGACUACUGCCAGCCAAAGAGGAGAAGAAAUCUUAUACCAAAGCACUUUUUCCUAAAGAAAAAUGCUGUUCCAAGAGUGGAGAGACCUGCUGCAGACAGAGUGAAGAUGGAAGAUGGCCAGACACUGUUUGAUUAUAACGUGGGACUCAAUGACAUCGUCCAGCUGCUGAUUCGCUCACAGACCGACCCUCCAGACAGCCACUCCACCAAGGACUCCUCUGGUGUGGCCUGUAGUUCAGGACUCCCCCCUGACUCCAAGUCAGAAAGCCACAACUCCCCAGCUCCUGCCUCCCCCGCUGCUAUGGAAAUCUCCACAAACAUAGACAAUGACAGCAGCAGCGUCACUACCAGCACUGUUAACGAAACCAAGCCGGACACCAGCGCUACCAGUAACUCAUCCAGUACCAAAAAUGGGUUCAAGUCCUCCAGUCCAGCACGGGACACCCAGCCCCCUACAUCCAGCAGAAACACACUAGUCAACCCAGGAAUUGGUGUGUACAAGAUUAACGAGCUGGUGGACUGCAGAGACGUCAGCAUUGGUGCCUGGUUUGAGGCCUGCCUUGAAAAUGUGACACGCGCUCCCAAAGGACAGAUAACGCCCACCAAGGGCAAGGUGGGCCGGCCCCCAAAAAGGACUAAUGGAAAGCUGGAGGCCGAGCAGGGACAGGCCCACGGCCAGGGCCAAACCACAGACAGUAACAGGAAUAAUGUUGUGUUAGGCUCUGCGAGUAAUGGAGCCUCCACCUCACAGACAGACUCUACAGCAGCAACAGAAUCCAAGGAGAGAGAAGAGGAUGUCAUUUACCACAUUAAAUAUGAUGAUUACCCGGAGAACGGUGUGGUUGAGAUGCGACCGGUAGAUGUGCGGCCCCGUGCCAGGACCUUGCUGCGGUGGGACCAGCUCCAGGUGGGCAUGCAUGUGAUGGUCAACUACAAUAUGGAGACACCAGAUGAGAGGGGCUUCUGGUUUGACGCUGAGGUUCAGACCAUCAACCAAGCUUCCCGCACCAACAAAGAGCUCCGAGUCAAGAUCCUCCUGGGUGGUCCUGGAGAUCUAAUCGGGGAUUGUAAAGUUCAUUUUCUGGAUGAAAUCUACCAGGUGGAAAAACCAGGAGCUCGUGCACUCUCGGCUUCAGAUGGACAAUUUAAACGGAAGAGCGGGCCAGAGUGCAAGCACUGCAAGGCUGACCCCGAAGCAGAGUGUCGCUUCUGCUCCUGCUGUGUGUGUGGCGGCAAGCAGGAUGCUCACAUGCAGCUUCUGUGUGACGAGUGUAACAUGGCGUUCCACAUCUACUGCCUCAACCCGCCACUCGCCACCAUCCCAGAUGACGAGGACUGGUACUGUCCCACCUGCAAGAACGACACAAGUGAGGUUGUUAAGGCCGGAGAGAAACUCAAAGCCAGCAAGAAGAAAGCCAAGAUGCCUUCUGCAACAACUGAGAGUCAAAGGGACUGGGGAAAGGGUAUGGCCUGUGUGGGGCGUACCAAGGAGUGCACAAUUGUUCCUUCGAACCACUAUGGACCCAUACCCGGUAUUCCAGUUGGAGCCACCUGGAAAUUCCGAGUUCAGGUGAGUGAGGCAGGUGUUCACAGGCCGCAUGUUGGUGGUAUCCACGGGCGCAGUAACGAUGGCUCCUAUUCGCUGGUGUUGGCUGGGGGCUUUGAGGAUGAAGUGGACCGGGGAGAUGAGUUCACCUACACAGGCAGUGGGGGUCGUGACCUCUCAGGAAACAAACGGAUUGGAGAGCACUCUUUUGACCAGACCCUGACACACAUGAACAGGGCCUUGGCCUUAAACUGUGAUGCACCUCUGAAUGACAAAGACGGGGCAGAGUCUAGGAACUGGCGGGCAGGAAAGCCAGUGAGAGUGGUACGCAGUUCCAAAGGUCGACGCAUCAGCAAAUAUGCUCCUGAAGAGGGAAAUCGCUACGAUGGUAUUUACAAGGUGGUAAAGUACUGGCCAGAGAUUGGGAAGUGUGGUUACCUGGUGUGGCGCUACCUCCUGAGACGGGACGAUUUGGAACCAGCACCAUGGACACCUGAAGGACUGGAGAGGAUCAAAAAACUGGGCCUUGCUGUUCAGUACCCACCCGGCUACUUGGCGGCCAUGGCUAACAAAACAAAGAAGGAGGCCUGCGCCCGACCUGGUCGCGGGGGCCGGACUAAGCACUAUCCCGGGAGAGGGAGGCCACGGAGACGCAAGAUCAAGGAGAAGGAAGAGAAUUACGAGGAAGACGAAGACGAGCAGCCAAUGGCCAGUGUGUAUGAGGAGGAGCCACAGAGUAAUGGAGAGCAGAAGACAACCAGCGAUAACGAGUCACCACCAGCUGCAGAGCCUCCCUCUAAAAGGGUGAAGAUAGAGGAGACUUUCCAACUGUCACAGCAGCAGCAGCAGUUAAUCCGGGAGGACACAGCCAACAAGAAACUCUGGGAUGAAGCCAUGGGACACCUUAAAGAGGGACCGAAUUUCCUGCGGAAGAUGGAGCAGAUCUUCAUGUGUGUGUGCUGUCAGGAGCUGGCCUACCAACCCAUCACCACCGUCUGCUCACACAAUGUUUGCAAGACUUGUCUACAGCGGUCGUUCCGAGCGGAUGUGUACACCUGCCCUGCCUGUCGUCACGACUUGGGCAAAGACUACGUCAUGACCCAAAACGUGACGCUUCAGCUGCUGCUUGACCAGUUCUAUCCGGGCUACAGCAAAGGCCGAUGAGAUCGAAAUCACAUUUAUAAGUAGAACCCUACAUACAUCCAUUCUGUGCACCCAUGUAUACUGUCAAGUACCUAGAGCUCCACUUUAAAAAUGCAUUGCGUAAACAUACUGUACUUACCCACGGGCAAAUGUUUAUUGCAUAUACAGCCAUUUAUGUAUACAAUCAUUUACACACAAACAACCUCAGUAGACACUGACCUCAUCUGUCGAACCUGGACUUUCUCUAUUAACAUCACCAGCCUGAAAUUCAACCAAGGACAUUUUUUAACCUCCUAACCCCUACUCCCUAAAAACGCACAAAAGGAGCCCCAAUUCACACCCACUAGCCACCUCAAGAUAUUAGCAAUUUUUUUUGAUUGCCCUUCCACUGUUUUUCACACAUAAAUUGACAUUUCAUAUCAUGAAAUCAGCCCUUAGACUCCUGCCAACCCGCACACAUUUUGUGUACCAUGUAUGCAGUUUUAGACCAAAAACACUCAGUUGAGCUGUUUCAUAUAUGUGCAUUAUUUCAGUCAGCUAGAAAAUAAAGGCGCUUGUUGAAAAUGUCGACAAAAACAGCAGGGCAAAACAUUCAGAAUGAGCAAGUAUGUUGGGACUGAGAGUUGGCCUGUUAAGGCAAGGUAAAAUCAGGAAAGUCAAGAAUUAAUAUGUAUUUAUACAUUAAAAAAGAAGCACACAACGUUUUAUGCCUUUGAAGCACUUUAUCAAUGAUAACGGUUAUUCAGGAGCACACGCUAGCAUUCUGCGAGCUGCUCAUGUCACUUGGAAUUAUGCCAUUGCCAUACCUUGAGCUAAUAAGAAUAGCAAAUGUGUCGCCAGAGGUACUUUCAGAUGAUCUGUAGAGAACAAAAAUUCGGCAGCCCUGUUGGGAAAUGUCUGGGUCCAACAAAACAGCAUCCUUAUAGUGAACGCAACAAUAAUCAACACGCACAACUCUCUCUGAUUUUAUAAGUAAUAAAUAAAUAAAUAAGGCAAUUACUUCAUUAACAUACCAAAGACAUGAGGCUGUAGAGCAGGCCGGUGACAAAAACCUAAAAAAAAAAAUCUGCUUUGAAGAAAGUAAUUUCUGGUGAAGAAUUGCGCCUAAAAAUUAAAGUCUCACACAGGACCUUAACCAAAUUAUCAUCUUUCUUUAGCAAGGCACUUUUUGUUAGCUAAAAACAAAUGUACAAGAACACAUACUACUAGUUCUCUCUCAUAAGUGUAGUUGAAUGCUCUCACAAUAUUGCAAUAAUGUAUUAAACAUCUAUGUUAAGACAUUUAGAAAGGAAGUUCUCACAUUUACUGUAUGUAUGUACUCUCAUUCCUGGUUCCACUUCUUCAGCCAGAUGACACCAACUGAACUGUUCUCGUACAUUAGAUAAGUAUGUUCAGUUUUUUUCCCCUUUUUAUUUAUCUCGCAGAGAAAUGAUGAAAUGGAAAGUAAAAAUGUACAUGCAGCGCAACUGAAAUGCUUGAAAAGCGUGAGGUGUUCUUUUUAGUGACACUGAGAAGGGCACACUGAUCCCUGGUGUUACUAAGCAACCACAAUCAAGCAGGACUUUACACAAAGAUGGUUAGCAUAUUUUGUGCUCAGCAGAUAUUCAUCUGUUAUUGUUCUCUCUGUUAUAUUUAGUAUAAUGUUAAAUGGAGAGCUCUAGGUAUCUAGCAUGAUCUGCUUCUCCUUCAUUUUUUCGAAAAGUGGUCUGAUGGAUGAUUGCACAGCCAGGAGGAUGUGAGCUAUUUAUUGUCACAUUACAUCCAGAAGACACUGAACUUUAACACUGAAAAGCGGCAAAGACAGGAAAAGGAAAUGUUUGAGAGAUCAGAUCUGAUUGUUGGCUGUGCCGAAUACGUAGAUCUUAAUUACGUAAACACAGACACAGAUUUCUUGACAUAGACAGUUGGUUCCAAAAAGAGAGAACUAGUUAAUUUAUGUUGGAUAAUGCUCGAUAAUAUAGUGUUUAUAUGGUUUCACAUAUAAAAUUGACAUAUGACAAAAGCAUUAUCUUAGCCUGGAAUAGUGUUUUUAUGGUUUGUAAGAAGAUUUGUGUGGAUUAAAUGUGUAACCUAAGAACAAAACGGCAACAUUAGGAACUCCUUUAUUUCACCAGAUCAUAAGGUCUAUCUUACCAUGGUCCAUGGCUGAAAAUACAAAUGAGCAGUAGUUGGCAGCUGUGAACUAAAUACAAACAAUAAGUUGGCUUGAAACACUACUUUCUAAGCUACUUUUGUAUGCUUACCUUUUCUUAAAUGCAGGGCCAUGUGGAAUCUGAAGAUGCAGAAUUACACAGAAUUUUCUGCAGAUUUUUAACAAAUAAAGAAAAGAAAAACUCCGAAUGUUAACACGUUCACCUCAAGCAGAAAAAAGGCUGCUAAAUUCCACAGAUUUUUAUUCUGGACCACAGCUGAAAACUGUAAAAAAUAAAUAAAAAAAAUACUCAUAAUAAUAACACUCUGCACAUUCUGUUUGGGUCUGUUACUAUCUGAGGAUCCAGCCUCACCAAAGAGAAACUCUAUAUUGGAAAGACACUUGGAAGCUUAACAUAAAUUAUAAUAUAAGAAUUUCUUCACAGCGAGGUAGAACAAGUCAGACAGUUAUGAUCUUACAGAAUAGGACUAUGUUUUCCUAUGUUUCCUUUUUUUAAUAUUUUCAUUUUCUUUUUUGACUAUUGUUUAGCUGCUGCUCUAUUGCCACAGGUUAUGUAACAACUGGACAACUAAAAGCUUAUUGUUACCAUGUGAUGAGUUCAGUUAUCUUGACGUUUUAUCUGUUUGAUUUGAGACACCAUCACAUAAACAGCCCAAGUUAAUUUUUUCUUUUUCUGUUUUCUAUCUUGAGUGGCCGACACCGAUUUGCCUCUUCUCCAGUGCUGUUAUGGUACUUUAAAAUGUCCAGGGUUGGCAGGUCUGAUAGGAACUAAAACAAAAACGUCCCACAAGA